AUGUCCGAAGCAAUUCUCCUCCAGAACACAGUGAAUAAGCCGGGCACUUCUUGCUUGGGAUGUCGGCGGCGGAAGCUGAAGUGCAGCCGUGAGCCAGACGGCUGCUUGAACUGCACCAAAAGCGACCUGCCUUGCGUCUAUCCAACACCGGAUGUUGGCGUCAAGCGCAAAAGAGGCCCGUACAAGAAGGACAAACCGCCGAGGCAGAGACAUCUGGAAGAUCUCGUCAAGUAUCUCGAGCCGAAGAAUCAUGCGCAAGAUGGCACUCGCAAUGGUGACUCUGCAAGCCCAGGCCACGCAUCUUCUCCAAGUCGUUCCGCCUACGGACAACCUUCUCUCUCAGCUGGCCCUCGACCGCCAGCUCAGACGGCAAACUCCGAGGAUCUGGUGAAAGAUGCACUGAUAGCGCUUACCAAGUCGUCAGUCUCGGAUCAUGACAACAAAUACGAUGAUGGAGCUUGGCCUCAUCGUGAUAACACUUCUGGCCCACAAACCGCCGUUGGCACACGACAUCCUCCGGUGCGUCGCAUCUUCGAAUAUUGGCAUCUGUUUGUGACCCGAGCCGAUCCCAUGACGAAGCUGAUACAUUGUCCGACAUUCGCAACGAAGUUGUUCAGUGUCAUCGACAAUUUGGCAAAUGUUCCAUCGUCCACCGAGGCUCUGAUGUUCGCCAUCUACUACGCAGCACUAAGCACGUGCACUGCACGUGAGGCACGACGCAGAUUUGGCGACGCACAGGACGUCUUGAUGCAUCGCUAUGGACGUAGUGUUGAGGCCGCGCUGGGAGACAACUACGACACACCUCAACUUGAGGCAUUGCAGGCUCUUGUGCUCUACAUCAUAUGUAUCAGACGAGCAGAUGAUGGCUCUAAUAUUCGUGCUUUAUUUUCGCUUGCAGUACGCUCGGCACAGAUGAUAGGAUUGCACGAAGAUCCCGAAGGCAGAUACUCGCCGUUUGAGGUUGAAAUGCGUCGAAGAUUGUGGUAUCACUUGUGCGGCCUGGAAUCUCGAACGGCUGAGGAAGGUGGAUCAAGGAACACGACAAUUCUGAAGGAUCGAAAUGUCCAGCUGCCUGCCAACCUGAACGAUAAUGACUUGGACCCCAGCAUGACACAUCCACCCCAAACCCGCGUAGGAGUUGCAGACAUGACAUUUCCCAUCCUUCGCUUUGAGAUUCACCGACUUGUGUUUGGCCUGUGGGGUAUCCGGAAAGAAAGGAACGGCAACUGGGCUGGCCAAGAAUCUUCAGGCCCGGACAGCGUGAGAGAUCACCAAAACGACUACUACGAGCAAGCGAAAUUCAGGUUCGACACGAACUAUAUGCAAUACAUGCACACCUCACGGGCGUACGACUGGCUAUGCACAAACUUCGUCGAGAGCAUGCUGAUCAAGGCGCGCUUGAUCAUCGAUUUCCCUUUUGGCACCACGCCCACAAAGGACAUGCCAAAAGAAGAACGCAUGACCCUACUUCAAGCAUCUGUAGACAUCAUCCAAAUGACGCAUGGCGUCGCGAACGACGAGCGAUUAUCCGACUACAACUGGUACUUCCGAGGCUAUGUGCAAUGGCACUCGCUCGCGAUUGUGGUUGCUGAGCUGGGCUGGAGCACAAAUCUGGAUUUCGCAAAUAAUGCUUGGGCAGUGCUUGAUCCGAUCUUGGCUGAUUGGGACAGAAUGUACAAGACCAAGCGAGAGGAGCCA